AUGGCGGCGCAGCGUGGGAGGGGGGCGGUGUUCUCGGGGGCGUGGCCAAGGUGGUGCACCUUUGGACAGCCUGGAGUGUGCAGGGUCACCUUGGGGAGUGACACGCCACAAGACAAGGCUUCUCAGGACACCCGUCAGAAGCAGAAGCUCCUGUGCUCGCAGCUGCAGGUUGUCGCCUUCCUCCUUGAUGCCUUUGCGAAGGCCCCAGGCCCUCGCCCCAAUCAGGACCACAGUGAUGCCCUUGUCCGCCAAGAGGUUACAGCAGCGAAGCAAUGCUGGAAGGAGCUGAAAGCUGGGUACCAGGCAGGGGUAGCAGCGCUGACAGAGGCAGCCCCAGGGGCCCUGGCUCAGUUCAACAGGGCCCAGUGCCAAGCCCAGUGCCUACAGGAUGCCCUCACUCGCCACCAGCACCAGCGACAGGGAGCAUUAAAGAAGCAAUGGGCAGCACAGGAGCAACUACUGCAGGAGCAGGUGUUAGGGCUCCGAGCCCAAGUGACAUCAGACUGCACCAAGCGCAGCCACCUCCAGGGGGAGCUGCAGAGUCUCCAGGAUGAAGCCCAGGCCUGGCGGGACACAGCCCAGCAGGCCCUGGAUUGGUGCCACCUGCUUGAGACCCUUCAGGGAGCUCGGUUGCUCCUGCCCAUGGGGGGCAGAACCUCACCUGAGGCGGCGGAGCUAGAGCUGAGCUGGGCCCCGCCCCCUGGGGACCUCGAGGCCGCUGGCCCUCCUUUGCGGGUUGCCCUGUGCCAGGCAUCUGGGGGCAAAGUUGAGGUCAUGCCAUGCUGCCCACUGUUCCUGCCCCCCAAGGCUCUGCCCCCUGGGCUUGGCCCCGCCCUCCUGGAGCUGGAGUGGAGCCGCCGCUGCCAGGCCCAGCUCUUGUCUGAGAUCACAGAGCUGCAGCAUCGGUUCGCCAUUGACUGGGAUCCCCAGAGGCGGCACCUGCGACUCCUUUGCCCUACAGCAGUCUGGACCCUGGAGGUGGAGCCGGGCUACCCAGGGGAUGGGGGAGUGCGACUGAGCACAGGGUCCCCCCUCCCCUGUCUGGGCCAGCCCCCCCAGGAGACCUCAUCCCUGAGCAACUGGCUGGAGUAUCUCAGUGCCUUGGAUGCAUGAGACAUUCUCUUCUUCCCCAAGUUUUGGGGUGAUUCCUUCCUCCCCCCUUCUUGGAAAUAAACUUGCACUGGCUUGGUC